AAGAGACGUAUACACGGAGGACAUUUCACACUUGCACACGUCUGGUACGCGCUUGCGAGCCUUUCGCUUUAUAAAACAUUACAUGCCCAGGUAUUACACGGGAAAAGACGAGUCAGUGUGUGCCCCGGACGUUCCGAGAUACACGACGGAUCGACUUUUCUCGAACGUCGUUGUUUUUGUGGCCCGUGCUUGCGAGGGAUUUCACGUUUUCACGACACGUGCAAGACAAAGCUGUGAAAUCGAAUAAAGAAGACGGAGAAAGAGCGAGAGAGAGAAGUGUCUACAUCUCGUGGCGCCCCGUUGUGUUUUUCUACGGAAAGCUGAGCUCAAGAACCUGCCGUCGUGAACUUUCCGAAUGGAAAGAAAGAGGGAUUUACGCGACCAUGAUAAAUAAUAUAAAAUCCUUCUCGGGCGGCUCGUGAUACAGAAUCGGCGAAAUUCAACGAAGAGGCGAGGGAGGACCUUGAAUGGACCGACACCGAUGGAUGGACAAGUUUUAUCCCAAUCGAACCGGAUUCACAAGGUUACGAAGCUCUCCCCGAGACCCCGCAAAACGGAAGCUUGCCGAAGAGGACGAAACAAGCUUCCGGAGUUGGACCGCAACGAAACGAUCCUCGAGGGAGAUAAUAAUUCUUCGACGUUUGCGAGGAAGACGUCUUUUCCUUGGUAACUCCGGAAGAAUUGCCUGUCGCUGAAUAUUUACAAGGGACUCCGCGUUUGGAAAGGGAAUAGAAAACCGAUCGUUCCCGGCCAGUGACAGCGACGGCUUAAACGAGAAAAAGGGAAACGACAGGGACGCUUAAGGUUUCUAUUCUUCGCCGGUAGAUUACGCGUACGGCUCGAGAAAAAGAGACGACACGGGAACGUCUUGGCUCGGACGCGAGUAGUGUGAACGAGUGGGUGAGAAAGUAACGUCGAAAAGUGAACACGAUGUUCGACGAUGGUGAGAAGGAAAUGAAGGUGACGGUGCUCGGUCGAUAAGAAGAGUUACGCGUAGUGCCAAGAAAGUAAAUAGAGAGAGAGAGAGAGAAGAAGAAAAAAAGUGUACUCGGUUGGGGGAUAUUUUCGCGGCAGUGAUCCCGGUCGACAGUGUCGUGAAUAUUUCAAUGACAGAACCGAAUGUCGGUAAACACAGUGGAAGGGUACGGCUAGGACAAUGCGAUUAAGAACACGCGUUCAGUGUGUGAGCGUCGCUCGAGGAAAGGAAACUAUUCGUCUUCGCUGAUCUCCGCGUUUGGUGACUUCGUACGAAAUAUUAUUUUUGUGUUUCCUUUUAUUUUACUUUCUUCCUCUCUCCCUCCCUCCCUGCCUACCAUCUCUACCCGCGCGUGUUUCGUUUUCCGGACUCGCGAAUCGAGGAACUCGAAUCCCGAAUCGCGCGGUUGUACACGAAAUCGUCGGUUCGAAUAUUCCCGCGCAUUGACGGAUUGAGGAAGUGUCGAGUGGUGAUACAUCAGUGGUGCGUUUCAUUCGUCGUCGAGUGGUGAAUAUCGCGCGUUGUUAGCGGUGCGAGGGUAUGGUGAAGGGUGGUGGUGGUGGUGGUGGUGGUGGCAGAUCGUGUGACAAGAAAACGUUCGUCUGUGACUCUUUAAACCAUUACCACGGAUCUCCCCCGGCAUUUUGACUCCGCAGCCAUCCUCGAUGAGAGGAGGCACAUGUCCAUUGCUGCUGCUGAAAAUGCAGGGCCUAGCCCGUGUGAACUACAGGACCCACUUUGGGUCAAAAUGAGUGCGAUUACUGGCAGCAUCACCAAGAAGAGAAAGAAAUCAGAUUCCAAGUCUCAGUCGCAAAUUAACAAGUGCCUUAAUGAGAAAAGACGACGGAACCUGGAGAGCCAUUUUAUCGAUGAGAUUGCCGAGCUGGUUUCCGCCACGGACAUGAGCUCUGGCAAGACUGACAAAUGCCAGAUCCUUCAGAGAGCCGUCGACCGGAUGCAGCACAUUACGCAACAGAAAGGCUCGAAUAGUCAUGCCGUUCAACAGGGUGAAGUGUCUUCGUCGAAUCGUAACAUACUGUCCAGCGAUCAAGUUGGUUCCGUUUUACUCGAGGCGCUAGAUGGCUUUCUAUUUGUUGUAAAUACGGAGGGACGCGUGGAGUGCGUAUCGGAUAAUAUAACACAAUAUAUAAAUUAUACGAGGGACGAUGUGCUCGGCAAGGAUAUUUAUAAUAUUAUUCACCAUGGAGACCACAACACCUUCAUGCCGAGCUUGUUGCCCAUGUCACUAGGCUGGACGAGCGAGCCACAGCCCCAAGCGAAGAAUCGUACCUUCAAUUGCCGCUUCUUGGUGAAGCCGCCCGAUGAUAAAGAAGAGACUAUGGAAGAGAAGCAGCAACGAGUAUCGAAAUACGAGUCUAUGCAAAUCUGUUCAGCUCUUUUGCCAAGUAAUAGCGAUCGUCUGGAGAGCGGUGACGUGUCCUCCGAAUCCUCGGACAUCGGUCCUUGCGUAAUGUGCGUGGCUCGAAGGAUACCGCCGAACGAGAAGCCCAUCGGUUCGUCCAUCGAGCAGUUCACUGUUAAGUUGGACACCACGGGGAAGAUUGUAGCGGUCGAUGUCAGCUGGUUGUCGCCUCCUUACUCCAAGUACCUAACCAAGGUAAGGGACCUGAUUGGCACUACAAUAAAAGACUUGUGCCACCCUCUUGAUCUCAGUAAGCUAACUGCACAUUUGAACGAUACGCUUCAAGUCGGUCAGAGUACCAGCGGCGUGUACCGGCUACGCGUUAGUCCUGAUAAGUUCCUUAACAUUCAAACAAAGUCAAAACUUUUCAAAGCAAAUGUGAUGAAUACACACGAUACCGACUUCAUUAUGGCCACCAACUCUAUCAUCGGGGACAAUGACUUAACGCCUAUCGAGGGUGGUCAGCUUUCCAACAACAAAGUGUGCUCAGGACACUCUAGUAACCGUUGUGCGAAUAAUAGUAAUAAUAAUAAUGGUAACAAUAAGAAUAACGUGGGUGGCCCGCUGAUGCCCGUGGCACAUCUGAACGGUCAAGUGGGCGGUAUCAGUGGCCGGGGGUUGGCGGGCACGUCGUCACACGGUGCCGCGGCUACCUCGUCGUCGUCGAACUCGAUAGUAUUUAGCGCGGCCGAGUCUUGCAACCCCCUGCCGUCGCUAAGUACCAGUAAUCCGUUCAACCACUUUUCGGGGAACAUGGACUUGGAAUUCGAGCUCUUCCCCAGUUCCACAUGGGACUUGGAUAGUAGCAGCGGGUGGGCAGAUAGGCCCGAGUCGAGAGCGAGCGGGCCACCAAACUCACGACCACCUUCCCAGCCAGCCCCGGCAUCUCCGAGUCCCCAGGGAACGUACUCCUCUAAUUCGGCGGUGGCGCCUCACUGCAGUCCCAUGCGCGCGUUCAGCCCGACCUCAGGCAACGCGGCUCACACCUUCAGUAAUUCGUUCCCCUUCAGUCCGCUUCAGGAAUCACAGACGUCCUCCUUGACGAACAGCGCCGCAAGUAGCGUUAGCGCGAACGGUGCCGCCGGUUUGACGCCCAAACGACAGGACGAAGGGAAGACCGGAUGCCCCGCCGCCAACCAGUCGCCGAUGGAUCCGAACAACGGGAGAAACAACGCGGCCAACGUGCCCGGCAACCCCGGGACGGGCAAGACCGGCCCGUCCACGGCGAACGUUGUCGAGACUCAGAACAGUGUUGUGUCCACCGAGUCCGGCAGGCUCAGAAACUUGUUGACCAAGGGGGCUAGUGCUAGUGAGGACAGUCAGGACAAUACGAAUAACGAUACCGAGAGCCAGAAUAAACAUAGGAUAUUAAAGAUCUUGUUGAACCAGCAAGACGAGGACGAUUUUCACCCGGAGCAUAACAAUAAAGUGCGAACGAGUCCUAGCAACAUGCCCAAACCGAGCAUGGAGCAUUCGAAAUCUACGCGUGAAAAUAACAUGCUGUUGCAGUUAUUGAACGAGAAAAACGACGACGAAGACGAAGAGGCGCGCGCUGGUUUGAAGAAGAGGAACGAACUCCUGCAACAGCUUUUGAAAGACCAAAACGACGAGAGGAAAGUACAAGAGCAACAGCGCAAGUCACAGUCUCGAGAAGAAGAUCCUCUCUUGCGGAGUCUUGGAUUUCGGAACACCACGCCGUCUCCCUCCCAGUCGGGCGAGAACGUUGGACACGGUGGAUCAACUCAGGUCGGGCAAAAGAGACCGGGCGAGGACGGCGAUUUGAACAUAGCUGUGAAACGGACCAUGGACGGUUCGCAUCAAGUCUCCUCCUCCGGUACAUCCACCAAUGCGACGAGCAAGCUCUGGGAGAAGAACAAAAUGCUGGCUUCGUUGUUAGCUAAACAGCCGCCCCAGCCCACUACUAUCCCACCAGUACCUGCGUCUGUGAUAUCGGCAACGCCACAGGAUAAGCUGCUCCGCAUAGGGUUCAAGUCGCAGCAACAAUCGCAGCAGCAACAGUCUCAACAGCAGCAGCAGCAACAACAACAGCAGCAGCAGCAGCAGCAGCAACAGCAACCCUGGACGGGUGGCAGCAUGCAAUCCGUUGGUGGUAACAACACGAUUACGACAACGGCAACUUCCGCGCGUACUCCUCUCCAAAGUCAGUCGAGACAACUACCUCGUCAAACAACCAAUACCUACCUCAGUCAUAUGCUAAGUCAUCAACAAAGGCCCCAGAUGGGUCAGAUGGAUUCGGAAUUCACAAGCAGCGGGGAGUAUCAUCAAACGAGUACCGAUCCCAGUAGUUGGGACAACCAGUCGUCGGAUCCUGACCUUUCGGACAUUUUGGAUCAAGUGAUCGAAUUCGUGCCGGACGAGGCUAUCACAGAGUCGUCUGCGAUAGCAAAUCUCCUAGACGUAAUUGAAGCACCACAGAACAAUGUCAUGAACGAGAAAAUGGCGAUUAACGCGAUACAGAAGUCGUUGAUGUUGUGCGAGACUGCCGUAAAUCCAACGUCUUCCACCAUAACAAUUCCUGGCACGCCUCCAGCUUAUUCUACCGCGUUGGGAACUACACCUGUAACGACGAGCCAUAGUUACCAGCCUCCACCCAUGUACCAGCAACAGCCUAGGAUGAGGUUUAACGCGCAACCGGGCGUCCGGCAGGCCACCACUCAGUUCACGCAGCAGCAGCAAAUACAGCUCCAACAGCAACGGACGAAAUUGAUACAGCAACAGCAACAACAACAAUUAAAACAGAGGCUGCUGCAGCAACAGCAGCAGCAGCAAUUACUCAUUCCUUCCAACGCUACAGCUACGGACCAAAUUACAACCGGCAUUCAUAAUAUCGAUAAUCUUCUCAACAACACCGUUGCUCCAAAUGUGUCGUUACAGCGGUCGAGUGUCCCAGAUUCACAAGUUUCUCCAGGUUAUGGGGGAUCCGUCCAGAUGCCUUCCGGUCACCGACUCGCUCACUCGUACUCCCAUCCGUCAACGUUACCACAACACCCCAUUGUAAACAAUAAUUUCAACAGUGGUCAACAAGUGUCUGCCGCAGCGCGACUCUCGCCGCAUUCUCCCGCUGGUAUUUUGUCGUUCUCUCAUCCGCAGCCGCUGUCGCCACGAGUGACGCAAGGCAACUAUGGUAAUACCCCGAGACUGUUCAACGUUAACCAGGUGAGAUCGCAACAACAGCCCACCGCGCAGCAACAAUUACAGCAGCAGCAGAGAUCGAUGCCAUCGCCAGGAACGCCAGCGUCUGCCCGGCAGUCACCGUUUCCGGCGGAAACCUUUCCCCCACCUACGUCCCCCACAGCUAGCCAAUUUCCACCUGGUCCUAAUCCUGGCGCACCCAAUCCUUCUGCCCAGUAUCGGUUGCAACGGACCACGUCUACGCCUUCAGCCACGACUCAGUUGCCAGGUGGGCUCGGUUCGCCCCGGCACUACGGCGGAGUGAGUAAGGAACAACCUCUUCUUUCACCUAGUCAUCCACAUUCGGGUUGCCCUGCAACGCCGACUCACAAUCAACACAACGUAACGAAUACCCAACAACACUUCUCCAACCAACAACAUUCUUCUAUGAUAUACCACACGACCGCCAAUACUAUCAACACAGCUGACAUGCAGAACAAUCAGUUCUGUUACGAUCGGACGUCUGUUCCACUCUAUUCGUCAGGGCCUGGGGACACGCAGGACGCCAGGCCUCUGCCUCCUGGUAAUCCUGUCAAUCACCAAAUGGGUGGGAACGCUAGCAGCACGUCGGAGUUCGUCAGGCAGGAAUUGAGAGCGAUCGUUGGCGCGCGAACGCAGCAACAGCAGCAACAAAGGGUACCCAACAACAUACAGAACAACCUCUCUGGUCAAGUUUCUCAGGACGAUCUCGACGCGCUCGGUCUUACCUUCGAAAUGUCUUCGGCAGGUGAGGCUGUGGUUAGCGAUGGCCCUGCCAAGAGCUGGGCCAUUGGGAGUGCCGGAAGUGCCCCCUCGUCCUCCAGGACUUCUAUGGAGGAAGUGGCUCGAGGUGAUCCGAAGGUGAACCAGUCGUCGCUGUUACAGAAACUGUUGUCCGAGUGACUGCAGGCCAACGCCUUGCACGGUAAAGGGAUCUAUGUAAUAUACGUUUGAACAUAAAAGGAUGAAACCUGCGGGGGUUGAAAAUGGGGGGAAUACGUUUUGAGCGCCGUGGUUGAACGUUGGAAACGAGAACGAAUAUCGAUCACACACCGCAUAUUACACCCUUAUACGUAAUUGGAUACUAUUGUAUUAUAUGUAAUGCUACAACACACGAAGUCAGUAUUCAGAUACGUAUCACCAAAUACAAUGCGAUAAAAGAAGGAUAAAAGAAAAAAAAAAAAAAGAAAGAAGCUGCGCAGGUCGCCGCGGCUUCACGCCGCAACACGGGGCCUUUUUCGUGCCCUUGAAAAAGAUGUAGAAACGCUCGAUACACCGUGGACGGAAAAGAAAAUAGGGGAUUCGCGACGAGAGACGACCGACAGAUCGACUUUUUAUCUUGCACGAACUCGAAGGACCAAAAGUUUCCGCUUCCCCCGUUCGGCCGUCGUCGAGACACUCGACCGCGUCGGAAUUGACCGCGGUCCCAAAGGGCUGUAAACUCGUCUCGAGACGCGAGUCGUUCGACAGCCUUAGGGUGAUUCGAAGCCGCGUGAACGAUAGCACGGUCGUGGAAAUCCGUCGGUGGAAAAACCGAGUCGAUGGAUCGAUCGCAAUGGGGGAACGAGGGGUGGUCGUUUCAACCCCCUCCAGUCGUCGGGCGAUCUGGUUGAAAAAUCGUUGAUCUUGUUUAUGGCGCGGAGUCUACGUAAAGGACAGUGGGAGGAUGAUCAGGAACACCGUGCAAUUAGUGUAUUCGGAUAAACGUCAAUUUUUAAGACUUUAGCUGUGGUGAAUGUAGGUUCGAGAAAUUUUAUUGUUUUAUCGCGUGUAACGUGGUGCUUUGUAUUUUAAUUUAUAUUAGAGAGUUCGCGUUACUUUUAAAUUUUGUUCGAGUUGCAACAACGGCGAGAUACUGAAAGAAGAUAAGUAAGAUUCGCUUUAAUUUUAUACUGUUCGUGAUAUGAAGUUCGUACUAUGAUUAGACGUUAGAAAAGAAAGAGAAGAGAAAUGAUUGUUUGGACACGGUGCACCGGACGUUUAACGUCGUUGAAAUUUGUUUACGUGGCCAUUGCUAGAAAUGUUAUACUCCCUGCGUUCGUCCCUUUGAUAAUGAAAAAGAACGGUAUCCACGUUGCCCGGCGGCUGGCGGGGGGUUAAUAACAAAAGGGGCGGUUGCGCGGGGGGCACGUGGCCCGAUAGCGCGCGGCGACGCUCUAUCUUAUUUUAUAUAUAUGUAUAUAUAAUAUAUAGAUAUAUAUAUAUAUAUAUAUAUAUGAGAGUAGAGUAUAUAUAUAAAAGGAAGAAAGAAAAGCCUUUAUCGGGGCAUCCCAGCUUCGGACGAUAUUCGAGUAUAAAUAUAUAUAAAUAUAUAAAUAUAUAAAUAUAUAUAUAUAUAUAAAUAUUAAUACCGACACGAUAGACUGACGGCCCGCUUGGGGUCAGCCCCCCAUCGUCGGGGAUUGGUCGUCACGUGGCUCCCGUCGGUGUUGUAUUUGGUAUCACUGAAAGAAAGAAACUACGUAGGUACCUCAAAGGUAUACUUUACUAUACCACUGGCUGUUGAACAUAGAACUAUUUAUAGGUUUAAUUAUUGUACACAGGAUGACGUUGAAGGAAAGAAAAAAAAAAAACAAAAUAGAGCACUAUCACGUAUUCUCUUAAUUUAACAUCCUUUUUGACUAUUACAUUUAUGAAUAAUAUAUUUGUGAUUGUAAGAAUCUGCAACCAAAAUGUGACAAAGAAUACUUGUUGUUGUUAAUAUGAUUAUAACUAUUAUUAUUAUUAUUAAUAUUAUUAUUAUUAUUAUUGUAAUAAUUAUUAUUAUUUUAUUAUUAUUAUUAUUAUUAUAAUAUUAUUAUUAUUGACAUCAUCAUUAUCACUAUUACCAAUAUUCUUGUUGCAAUUACUAUAUUAUUGUAAUAUUAAGGAUUAUUAUUAUUAAUAAUAUUAUUUUAUUAUUAUAAUUAUUAUUAUUAUAUCGAUAUUGAUAUUAUUGAACACUUGGAAUAUGCAUAUUUCUAUUCAAUAGUAAGAGUACCUUUGUAUACAUAUAUAUGUACAUAUAUAUUGUAUAAAUGUAUAUGUAUAUAUACAUAUAUAUGUAUAGGGAUUUAUAUAGCGCGUUAUAUAUAACUGAUUCGCCCGGUUAUUUAUAUAUAAACGGUAUAUAAAUUUACGUAUAUUUAUAUAUGUAUACGUGUGAGGAUAAAAAAAAAAAAGUGGAGAUCAAUCUUCUAUUUUGCAUAGCUCGGUAAUUCUCCUUUGGGUCUUAGAGAUGCACACUAAAAAUGAUUAAAAAAAAUAAAUAAUAAUAAUAAUAAUAAUUACAUCUAAAUGACAUCUGUUGUUAACAUUGAUCGAAUCGCGGACAAACAAACAAACGAAAUGAAUUAUAAAAAAAAGUGUAAAGCGAAAGAGAUGAAACAAUUACGGUUGGGAAAGAAAAUGUAAUAUGAAAAAUAAAAGUUCUAAUCACGUUUAUAUGUAUAUACACACGCCGCGCGAUACAACAAAAAAAAAAAAAAAAAAAAAAAAAAUAAUGAAUGGUGUGUAUAUAUGUAUAUAUAACAUGCAUAUGAAAGAAAUCUCACGCAAGUGUCUUAUUUUUCCAGGAUGUUUACCGAUUAUUAAAACGCGAAAAAAAAUAAUAAAUAAUAAAAGUAAAAGAACGACGGAGGAAGUUGGAAGAAAUUGCCACACGGGGUGUAAACGCGAACAAUUAUAUUAAUAACUAUGUCGAUCGACAGUAAACGCCGACAGAUACGAACAACCGUCGCGACGAGAAACGCGUUCGAUAGCAUUACCUUUUUAUUUCGCGUAACGCGGAAAGGGCGUCCCCCGGCGUAGAUCUCUCGAAAUGACAUCAUUUCACCGCGAUCCUCUUUAUCCGAAUUCGCUCGUCGCCCGAUGACGAUGAUUUUUACUUAAUUCUCUCGCUCCCGGUGUUCCACCUUGUUAUUUUAGUUGUUUCUCAUGUUUCUCCACUUUCGUUGCUAUCCCCCGUUAUUGGUCACUUUUUACGCAGGACGAAUUAAUCGACGAAUAGAAUUUAUUAUCGACCCUUCGUCGCGAAGCUCGAAACCGUCGGGGCGCGAAGGAUCGAACGCCUCCGGGGCUCGAGAGAGAUCGUUGUCUCGCAAAUAUCGCCGGAUAGAUCCUUUUUAUUGCGACGAAACGAUGUAUCUUUUUUCUAUUUUUUUUUUUUCUUCUCUUUUAGUUAGAAUUUUACGACGCGUAGUAGCGAUUAAUUUUUUUUGUGCCGGGGGGGGUGGGGGGGGGGGGGGACGCGAAACGUUCUCGUGGGUAGUAGUUUUAGAUAAGAUUCGGGGUUUUGAAUUUUGGUAGCAGACCACAUAGCACCACGGGGGUGGAUGACGAGUGAGUAUAAAAUGACGCGAAAAAAAAAAUAUAUAUAUAUAUAUAUGUAUAUGUAUAUGUAGAGCGAAAGGGCUAUUUUCUCGCGAGGAACGCGACGACACGGCGAUUCUAUUAUCUUCUGUGAUGCGAACACUGGCCUGGAGCACGAGAGAUGGUGGGGAAGGGACGGGGCCGUGUGUAGGCGUGGUGUUGUAAAUCUCUGUCGCACUUUCUUCCAAUUCGAGCGGUUACAAAGAUUGCGUAAAAAGAACCUGUAAAAACACAUUCGUGAGGUACUCUGAAUAUGUACACGUGCAUACAUAGAGACACGUAUACUCGUUUGUUGUCGCGCGUCGCCGUUCACACACGGAUAUACGUGCGCGUGCCACAGGGCGCGCGUGCGCUGCUGCUGUCGCCCCCGUCUCUCUAAUUUGCACGCGUGUGUGUACGCGCGCGCGCUUACGUACACGCGUACGUAUGCCCGCGCGCGUAUAUGUAUGUAUGGGAGUGUGUGGUAAGUGCGUGGGUGUUAGUGUGCGUGUGCUUACGUAUGCGUGAAGCGAAAGUAUGCGAAGAAAAAACGGUGCGAAUGGUUUCACGGUGUGUGCGUGCGGCUCCGCGUGUUUUUUCUCUUUGUGCGUGCGUGCGCUCGUAGGCACGCUUGUACGCGUGUGUGCGUAGUGAAUUACGUCAUAUAGAUAGAUCAUAUGUGCUUUCUAAUGAUGAAUAAUUUUAUAAAUAUAAAUAUAAUAUCGA